AUGGAACCGGUUUUUGUUUAUGGAACAUUAAAACAUAAUCAGCCUAACAAUUAUCAUCUCAAUGACUCUAAAAAUGGUUGUGCAGUAUUUAAAUCGUCUGCCAACACUUUACAAAAGUAUCCCUUAGUAAUAUCAACUAAAUAUAACAUACCAUUUUUAUUGCUAAAAGAAGGUACUGGAUAUGAAAUAAAUGGUGAAAUUUAUGAAGUUGAUGCAAAGAUGUUGGCAUUUUUGGAUGAAUUUGAAAAUCAUCCAGAUUUUUAUAAUCGUCUAAAGACCAAGGUCAAAUUGCAAAAUGAAGAUGUUAUUGAUUGUUGGGUGUAUUUUUUACCAAAUUACCCGGAUAAUUACUUGGAAUUACCUUACUUUGACAAUUAUGAUUCUUAUGGUGAACAUAAACUUCCAUAUGUCACAAGGUACCAAAGAGAUCCAGAUGACAAAUUGUGGUUUCCUAAUUGGGGUAAUUUUAGUUCAUAA